AUGAUAACAGAGGAAUACGCCGGUUUCGCCCAGGGAGGGCCAGUCAAGUGCCGCCAGUGUCAUCUAAACAGCGACGAUACAAGUGACAGCUUUGAGAACCCAGUGCUGCAGCAGCACUUUCGGAACCUGGAGGCCCUAGCUUUGGAUUUGAUGGAGCCCGAGCAAGCAGUAGAUCUGACAUUGCCCAAAGUUGAAGCAAUGAAUAGAAGACUGGGCUCCCUAGUAGAUGAGUUUAAAGAACUUGUCUAUCCACCAGAUUACAAUCCUAUGGGAAAAGUUACCAAGCGAAAACAAGGUGAUGAAGGUUCUGGCAGUAAAAGGCCGAAGGUGGAGUUAUCUGAAGAGGAGCUGAAGGCUCACAUUGUCAGGGGCACACUGGGCAAGCUCACUGUUGCCACACUGAAGGAGGCCUGCAGGGCCUAUGGGCUGAAGUGUGGGCUGAAGAAACAGGAGCUGCUGGAUGCUCUCACCAAGCACUUCCAGCAGGACUGACUGGAUGCCACACAUCUAGCACCUUCCACACCACAACUAGGCUGCCUGCUUUUGUUUUCACCAAGUUAAAUGUUUCCCCCAGCUAAAAAGAACUGCCUGAUAGAAGCCAAGGGACUUUACUUUUGUUUUUUUUCAGUACUGGGGUUUGAACACAGGACCUAUACCUUGAGCCACUCCACCAGCCCUUUUUUUGUGAUUGGUUUUUUUGAGAUAGGGUCUCUCGAACUAUUUGCCUGGGCUGGCUUCCAACCGAGAUCUUCCUGAUCUCUGCCUCCUGACUGGGUAGGAUUACACCUGCGCCCAGCUGGACUUUCACAUUUUUGAGAUCUGUUGGCAUAGAGAUUGUGCUGCCCUCUUACCUUGCUCUGCCUUAUUCUACUAUGUGAAUAAAGAGCCCUAACUUUG